AUGUGCUGUGAAAAGGCGUGCAACACGAGGCGGACGAUAGCGAGGCGGAACCGAGGCCGUGGUGGCCUAGCGGUGGCACUGGCCCUGGCGGCAGUCGUAAUGGCGUUGCUGCUACAGGCGAGCGGCGCACACGGCAACGAGGAGCCGGACUUUACGAAGCACUGCAGCAACUGCAAGUGCAGCUGGAAGAGCGGCCGAAAGAGUGCGGACUGCACGAACCAGCGGCUGCCGGGGGUGCCGCGUGAUCUGAGCAACGAACUGCAGAUCCUGGAUCUGUCGCACAACGAGAUUGGCGAGCUGCCGGGGCAGACGUUCGUCGGGGCGCACCAGAUGAACCUGCAGAAGCUGUAUCUGCACAACAACGGGCUGAAGCGCGUGGACCGGGAUGCGUUCCGCAACCUCACGAUCCUGAUCGAGCUCGAUCUGGCGAACAACAAUCUGACCGCGCUGCAACCCGGCACGUUCGACGAGCUGACGAAGAUCCGGGUGAUCCUGCUGAACAACAACCAGCUCGAGCGGAUCGAACCGAACCUGUUCCGGUCGCUCGCCUUCCUGACGAAGGUGAACCUGCGCAGCAACCGGUUGGUGCGGAUCGCGCUCGCCAGCUUCGUGGCCGUGCCGAACCUGUCGCAGAUCGAGCUGGACCACAACGCGCUCCAGUCGCUGCGGAAGGACUCGUUCGCUGGGCUCGACCGGCUCACGAGCCUGUCGCUGACGAACAACCCGUGGAACUGUAGUUGCGGGUUGCGCAGCUUCAGUGAGUUCGUCCUGGCGCGCAACCUGUACACAUCGCCGACGGCGUGCAGUGAACCGCGGUCGCUGGCCGGCAAGCAGUGGAACGAGAUCGAACUGGACGACUUUGCGUGCCCGCCCAGUAUCACCGAGAAUCGGUUGCACUUCCCGGGGAUGGGCGAGAACGCGACGUUCCUGUGCAAGGUAACGGGGCUGCCACUGCCGAAGAUCGACUGGUUGUUCCAGAAGCGAUCGCUUUCGCUACACGACAAGCGCCUGCUGGUGACGGAGGCGGUCCGGACGAGUGAUCGUGAUCAGCAGAGCCUGCUGCUGGUGUCGGAGCUGACGAUCGUCGGGGUGCGGCCAGCCGACCGUGGCACGUACGUGUGCAAGGCGACAAACCGGGGAGGAAUCGACGAGAGCGAGCUGUUCUUCGACCUGAAAGCGGACCCGCACCCGAUCACGUCCGCCACCCGCUCGAAGGACAUCCUGUGGAUCGUGCUGAUCAUCGUGCUGAUCGCGCUGCUCCUGGUGAUCGUGGUGUCGGGUGUGGUAUGGUGCUGGUGCCGGAAGGUGCGUCGCUUCAAGAAGAACGCCACCACUACGAUGAGCGAAAACGGGCUGCUGGGCGGGAAGGCGAUGCUGGGCGAUAAGUCGCAGAACGACUCCAUCCUCGACGGUGGAUCGGUGAUCGUCGAACUGCAGAAGAGCCUGCUGACCGAGGUGAACCCGGUCGAGAAGCCGCCCCGUCGGGCGGACAUCGAGCCGGCUGACAGCAAGGCAGAGUACGACGAGAAGCGUGAGGUCAAGCGGACACUGCUCGAGGAGACCGGUUUUGUCGCCCAGGAUGAGGAAACGGCCUCGGUGGCACUGUCGGACACGACGCCCCGCUCGCGCACCACGUUCGUCGAUGACGGCUGCGGCACUAACCUGCCACCGGACCUGCUGGCCUUCCCGCCGGCGCGCUUCCCCCCGUCGCCCUCGAUCCAGAGCUCGCUGUCCAACAUCCACGACGGGCGCAUCUACGGUAGGUCGCCACUGGCGAGCCCCAUCUACGGCCCCGGGGCGGGCACGAGCCUCGGAGGCGGUGGCGGUGGCGGUGGCGUCGGCGGAGGCCAGCAGGUGCCGGUCGGGUUCCGCACGCUGCAGCACCCGAAGACGGGGCGCACGAUCGCGAUCGCGACGCAGCGCGCGAACUCGCCGUUCACGCCGGCCCCGCUCAUCUACCCGCAGGUCGCCAUCAAGCAGGGCUACGUGACAAUCCCGCGCAAACCGCGCACCCCCAGCUGGACGCCGUCGAUGAGCUCGGCCGUCACGGCGGAACUACUGCCGGGGCCCGGCCCCAGCAACGCCGCCAGCCCCACCUCACCGAGCGAACUCGAACCCGUGUACGACAAUCUGGGCCUGCGGACGACGGCCUCCGGUAACUCGACGCUCAAGCUGAACAAGGCGCACCGCGUCGCAUCACCGUCAGCCCGGUACAGCAUGAAGGAUCGGCCGCUGCCGGCCACCCCCGGUGGCCAGACGGCACCGGCGGCCGGCAACUACGAGGCGAUUCCCGAGGCGAAACUGGCGGCCGCGUUCGGUGGGACGGUCGUCGCCGACCUGGACGCCUCGUCACUGUACGGUCGGGCGGCUCCUGGCACGACGACAACCACCCGCUCCAAGAUUCCCCCGCGGCCACCACCGAAACCGAAAAAGAAACCAAUGGUCGGGGAGGCGGUCGGGGACGCGAGUGGGUCACCGGCGGGCGGUGAAUCCGGGACGGCAGCGGGAACGUUACCGCUGCCAUCGACCACCGGCAACAACACCAGCACCAGUCCACUGUUCGCCGACGGCGGUGACGAUGAUGGUACGGAAGUCUGA